AUGAAUGCUGUGAAUUGUUUAAGCGCUCAACUCAAGGUAUACUACGGUGGUAAGGUGGUGGUACCGUUCCCUCCUCGGCUCCAUUAUGUGGCCAAAAGAAUGACAAAGCUCGGGGAGCUUCUACUGAUUGUGAUAAGUUGUCAGCUUAGCUCGGUGGAAAGUAUAACAGUUUUCUAUAAACCAGAAUCGCAGAAUGAAAGCUUUACUUAUGGAAACGCAAUACAAAAUUUCUUACCACCAAACUACAAGUGGUUGAACGCAACAGUCAUUUAUCAAAUCGACGGUCAUUUCACUGGUGAUGAGCUUCAGGCAAUCAAGCAAGCCAUGAAAAGCAUCGAGUUGAUUUCUUGCGUUCGAUUCGUGGAAAGGAAAUAUGAAGUAGGCUACGUUAGAAUAACAGCCGAAUCCACUGGUUGCUGGGCUGACACAGGAAGGUCUCUCGGAGUAUCGGAACUCAACCUAGGUCCCGGAUGCUUCGACUCCGAAGGAACUGUUCUCCAUGAGCUUAUGCACACGUUAGGAUUUCUACACCAGCACACGCGUCCUGAUCGUGACCAGUACGUGCAGAUCAUGUACAAAAAUAUUAUCCAAAGGCCUGAGAUUUUGUUCAACUUUGAAAUAGUGGAACCGUGGACGAGUUUUGCUUUUCCGUUACCCUACGACUACGACAGUAUUAUGCACUACAAACCUUUCAUGUAUAGCAAAGACCCGCAGCGUUUGGUUACUAUAGCUACAAAAAAUACAGCUGUUACUACGAUUGGACAACGAGAUCGACUCAGCGCGCUAGAUAUCAUUUCGAUCAACUUUCUUUACUGCGUUUGAAAUAAAUAACAACCCGAUAAAAAUGGAUAUAAGUGUGACUA